AUGAAGCUUCUUGUCUCUUUGGGGUGGAUCAGAAGGAGAUCAACAGGUUGUUCUCCGAAGGUCAGCUCUCAGCUCCUGUCUAGAUCGCAUCGGUCUCUCUGUCCCCAACAGCUUUUUGAGCAGACCGCUCAUCUUGUCAUCUCGAUCCCACUCGCAGGCGGCCCGACGACACGUAUCCAGCUCUGUCAACGUGCAGAGAUCCACCUUACCGGCCCUAUCAUCUUUACAGGCAAGAACCAAGAACUCUCCACCCAGGGUUAUCCUGACGAGGACGAGAAGAAGGCCGUAGUCAGGAUCGUCGGGGGACGGAGUGGGACGGCCAUCCAGGGAGACUGUCGACGCUGCGCCAGGGUAGCGAUCAAGAACCUGAUCAUCGACGGUAAUCGAGCAUCCCUCGGUCGGAUCCGCGAACCUGGACAGGCAGAUCCUUCUACCUCUCCGUUGGUCUUGUUGGGAAACAACGAAGGGCAGGUGGUCAGUAAAUGCGUGAUCAAGGAUCCAAGAGGUUGGACGGCCAUCCAGGUCAGGGAGGGAGAUAAUCUCUCGUGUCGGAAUGCCAGGAUCUCGGAGAAUACGAUUGGCCCGGCAGGAGAGGAAUGGAUCGAGAGCGUGGAUGGAGAAGAUCCGGAUGACGCUCCAGGUGGACGACCCUUGGCUUCGGGGCUGAGCUUGGCUUGUCAAGAGAGCGUCGUCACGGGAAACAUGUUUGUGGACAUAACGGAUGCUUCCAUGGUUAUUUACGGCUCUCCCGGCUCGCUCAUCGACGAUAACACCAUCCGGGCGCAACACCGCAAUUCGAUGGGCGGGAUCUUGCUGUCAGACUAUGGACCCUGGGAGGGAAACUAUACAAACACGCGGGUCUCGAGCAAUACGAUCGAGGCCGAUGAGGGAACGCUCAUCAGGGUCGGGAUCGGGUUGGGAGCUUCGAUCCUCUCGGACGACACCGAGUCGGUCUUGUUCGGUGGGAUUGUCAGAGAGAACGUCUUGAAGGGGUACGGUAUGGGAUACGGGAUCGCUGCUGCUGGGUUGAAGGACUUCGUCGUCGUCGACAACGAGAGCAAAGCGAGACAUGGCGGUCGGUUGGGCGAUCGGUGUCUUGUCCCACUCGAGGAGGAUGACAUCGCCGCCAAGGGGAUGACCGAGGAACAGAGGGAUACGGGAGUGAUCAAGAACCCUAGACCGGCGGCCUUCCUACGCAACAGCAAGCUCAUCGAGGGUGGUCGGUGGCAAAGCGAUUUCAUCGAUUCGAGCUUUUUCUACUGUGAGUUUGGUAAACAAGGGUUCACUCGGUCUUCUUGCUAA